AAACUCAAUCAUUUUAUUUAGAAAACUCAACGACUGAGGUUUUUGUGGAAACAAUUUUUGUGAUCAUUUUGUAUACCGAUCGUGUGUUUGAUCGUACUGAUAUUUUGUUUGGUAAAAGAGAGAAGAAAUUUUUGUAUUUUUCUUGGUUUAACAAUUGUGUGAAAAGAUUUUCUUGAUUUUGUGCAACAGCUACACUGUUUAGUGGACUAGGAAAAGCGAUAAUAUUGAAAGUGUUUUUUUUUUGUGGAUUGAGAAAAAUCGAACAAUAGUGAAAUUGAAUAGAGGAUCUCCAUUUGGGAUCGAAAGGAACAAAAGGACCAAAGGACUAUUGUAGAGAAAAAAGUGAUUGUUGUUAAAUAGUCAAAUUAAAGAAGAAGAAAAUGGCGCAAUAUUUAAAUAUGAUCAUCGUUAUGACUGUGCUGAUCACACUUUGUUCCGGUUCAGCGAUUCCAAUGUGGGAAUUUCUGAGUCGAGGUGAAAAGAUGUCGCACCUGUACUCAAUGUUUGCGAAACAAGUUAGUUCACAUUGCAAAACAAACGUCGACACACCGGUAGCGAAAUGUAAACAUGAUUUGCUGGUGUAUGGUGUCGACAAAUUGGAACGCAUGACUGACUUGCAUUUGGACGCAAUGGAUCCAUAUCAACGCGGUGCUAAUGAUAUAAUAUGGGAUUCAAUGAUGGAAGGUCAUCAAUCAAGGCCAUCGAAGAAACACGAAAGUACACCCAGUCCCAUUCGUGAGCCAACCGGUCAAUACGAAAAAAAUCCAUUGUUCGACGAUGACAAUGACAACGAUUACAAGCAAAAUCAGGCCGCAUCGUCUGUACAAUCAUCAUACGCCAACGGCAUGGACAGUGCGUACUCAUCACAAAACUAUCCAACCGCAGCCGAACGUGAUUUCGCCGAUCCACCGAAUAAUCUGGCUCAAGGUGCCGCCACCAACAUCGACCUGCACUUCGACUAUCCAUCCGAAACGGCUGCAUCGACGACAAACUUUUUGAGCGGUCCGAUGAUCAUUCGCGUCCGACCCGAUGGUACACCGGUUGAAGAGGAUCAACACAAACCAUUACCGCGUGAUGACGAUCGCGAAGCCAUGACCAUCGGCAAGAAUCGUUUGCCAACGGCUCAGCAAAUAUCGGCCAACUUCCAAGUACCACCACCGAUCGGUUUUCAGCCACAGGUGGGAAUCUAUCGCAUUGCGCCGACUAGUUAUCAAACAGCACCGACCAGCUACUAUCCAUCGUCAUCCGGUCGGAAUACGAGACGAACGAUAUACGCCAGUUACCGGACGACGGAUAGAAGGUUAAGUAAUUCGCAUUGAAAACUGUGUUGCGGCGACGACGACAGGGAGAAGGAACAUUUACUAUAUUCGUAUACAUAGAUGACAGAUGAACCAACACCGAAGAUAAUUUAAAUUUGUAAUUUAUUUAAUUUAUGAUUCAUUUUUGCUAAUUUAUUUCAAA